AUGGCGUCGACAAACAACCCAAUGGGCACAUCCACCCCGCCCCCAGACGUCUCUAAGACAACACUCCCCAUGUCGGGCCUCCUCUGCGACGUCUACGGCCUCGAGGAGCUCGUCAAGCGCCGGGCGUCGACAGUCUCGUGUCUGUGGCUGCAUCACCCACGCCUGCGCGCCAAGGAGGAUAUGGGAGACUUCGCGAGCCGGGUUAUCGCGCGGUGGGAAGAGACAUCGUCGUCGUCGUCCGCGGCCGGGAACGGUGCCGGGGGUGGUGGUAGCAGCAGGGCGCUCAUCGCCGUGGCUUUUGACCAGCAGAACCACGGCACCAGGACCGUGAGCCCGAAGGCGAGCGACUCGUGGCGCGAGGGCAACGCAACGCACGCACUUGACAUGUGGGCAAUGGUGUCGGGAAUGGCGGGCGACACGACGGCGCUGAUCGACAUCGUCGAGGGCUACUUGAAGCUGGAGCUCGCGCGGCGGGGCGCCGACGAGGAGUGGAAGAUGGACCAGCACCUCGUGAUGGGCGUGAGCCUGGGCGGGCACAGUGCGUGGCAGACGAUGUUUAGGGAGGACAGGGUGUCGGCCGGGGUCAUCAUCAUCGGAUGUCCCGAUUACAUGGCACUUCUAUCAGACCGCGCAAAGAAGUCCAACCUGACGACCUUCUCCGCCGAGGACGACGGCACAUCGUUCCUCGGCAGCAGGGACUUCCCGCCCGGCCUGGUGGCGUCGUGUCUCCGGCACGACCCCAAAGGCAUGCUCUUCGGCACCGGCGCCGUCCCCGCGACCGCGGAGAGCGUUCCGGAGGACGAGAGGCGGCGCCUCCGCGGCGUGCUCAACCGCCUGCGUGUCGGCGGCAAAAAGUUCCUUGUGUGCUCCGGCGCCGAGGACAAGCUGGUGCCGUACAAGAUGUCGGAGCCGUUCAUCGAAUUCUUCGCGGGCGCGGCGGGGUCGUGGUACGCCGACGAGGGCACCACGAUCAACAACAACGUGUACGGGGGCGUCGGGCACGCAUUCAGCGAGAUGAUGGUGGAGGACUCGCUAACGUUCCUUGUUGACGCCGUCGCCGAGAAGGAUGGUGGCCGCGGCGGUGAGGAGAGGAGGGCGAGGAUUUGA